GAAAUUCCAAGUUCUCUCUCUCAUUACUCCCUCUAGCUGUACUCUCUCUCUCAGAGAGAGUGAGUAAGCUCUGUAAAAAAAAACAAGAAAGAGCUGGAAAUUAUCUUCAAUGGCGUCCGAGACCGAGACAAAAGGCCAGAACAAGAAAUUUACGACCACUCAGAAGCUAGACGACGAGCCACCGGAAGAGCGGUGUCCGGUGGAGGAAGUACGGUUAGUCGUUCCGGAAACGGACGAUCCUUCGCUUCCUGUCAUGACCUUUAGAGCAUGGUUCCUCGGUAUUAUAUCAUGCACACUACUCAUAUUCCUCAACACCUUCUUCAUUUACCGUACGCAGCCCUUAACUAUAUCGGCAAUUCUUAUGCAAAUUGCCGUCUUGCCCAUUGGAAAAUUUAUGGCGUCCACGCUUCCAAAUAAGGAGAUCAAGGUUUUGGGGAUGAGUUUUAACUUGAACCCUGGGCCUUUCAAUAUGAAGGAGCACGUCAUCAUCACCAUCUUUGCCAAUUGCGGGGUGUCUUAUGGUGGUGGAGACGCCUACUCCAUCGGUGCCAUAACGGUUAUGAAGGCUUACUAUAAGCAGAGCUUGAAUUUCGUUUGUGGUCUUCUCAUAGUCUUGACUACACAGAUAUUGGGUUAUGGAUGGGCAGGGAUGUUGAGGAGAUAUCUGGUUGAUCCUGCUGAAAUGUGGUGGCCUUCAAACCUUGCUCAGGUUUCUCUUUUCAGGGCACUCCAUGAGAAGGAUUCUCGAUCAAAAGGCCUCACGCGGAUGCAAUUUUUCCUCAUCUUUAUGGUUGCAAGCUUUGUGUAUUACACCCUCCCUGGCUAUCUAUUUCCGGUUUUGACAUUCUUCUCAUGGGUCUGUUGGGUAUGGCCCCAUAGUAUUACAGCACAACAAAUUGGUUCAGGCUACCAUGGACUUGGAGUGGGAGCCUUCACCCUUGAUUGGGCUGGCAUAUCGGCUUACCAUGGAAGUCCACUAGUGACACCUUGGUUCUCGAUUCUCAACGUUGCAGUGGGAUUCAUCAUGUUUAUAUACAUAAUUGUCCCUGUGUGUUACUGGAAGUUCAACACUUUUAAUGCUCGGAGGUUCCCCAUAUUUUCAAAUCAGCUCUUCACUUCUAGUGGUCACACUUAUGACACCACAAAGAUCUUGACUCCGCAGUAUGAUCUGAAUGUUGCUGCCUACAAUAGUUAUGGGAAGCUCUAUCUCAGCCCGCUAUUUGCUCUUUCAAUUGGGUCAGGAUUUGCUCGAAUAACAGCAACCAUGACUCAUGUGGCAUUAUUUCAUGGCAGGGAUAUAAUAAGACAGAGCAAAUCGGCCAUGAACAAUGUAAAAUUGGACAUCCAUGCAAGAUUGAUGAAGAAUUACAAAGAUGUCCCCCAGUGGUGGUUCCUCAUCCUGUUGGUAGGCAGCGUUGGAUUAUCUCUGUUGAUGACUUUUGUGUGGAAAGAAGAAGUGCAGCUGCCCUGGUGGGGGAUGCUUUUUGCAUUUGUCUUGGCUUGGGUUCUUACCCUCCCUAUUGGAGUCAUUCAAGCAACUACCAAUCAGCAACCUGGAUAUGACAUCAUAGCACAGUUCAUAAUUGGAUAUAUCCUUCCUGGAAAACCCAUAGCAAACCUGCUUUUCAAGAUUUAUGGACGAAUAAGCACCAUACAUGCGCUCUCUUUCUUGUCCGACCUGAAACUUGGGCAUUACAUGAAAAUUCCUCCUAGGUGCAUGUUCACAGCUCAGCUGGUGGGGACGAUAAUUGCUGGCACAGUCAAUCUUGCAGUUGCAUGGUGGAUGCUGGGGAGUAUCGAUAACAUCUGUGAUGUUGAAGCCCUCCAUCCCGACAGUCCAUGGACUUGCCCAAAAUUCCGAGUCACCUUCGAUGCUUCAGUCAUUUGGGGCCUAAUUGGUCCAGAACGAUUGUUCGGGCCUGGUGGGCUGUACAGGAACUUGGUGUGGUUAUUUCUCAUUGGUGCUGUGUUGCCAGUGCCCGUAUGGAUCCUGAGCAAAAUGUUCCCUGAAAAGAAAUGGAUUCCAUUGAUCAACAUACCCGUUAUCUCUUACGGUUUUGCUGGGAUGCCACCAGCAACUCCCACAAACAUUGCUAGCUGGCUUGCCACUGGAACCAUAUUUAACUACUUUGUAUUUCGAUAUCGCAAAAGAUGGUGGCAGAGAUACAAUUAUGUUCUAUCUGCAGCAUUAGAUGCUGGGACAGCAUUCAUGGGUGUUCUGUUGUUCUUUGCUUUGCAGAAUGAGGGGCGGAAUUUGAAGUGGUGGGGUACCAAGUAUGACCACUGUCCUUUGGCUACAUGCCCGACUGAGCCAGGCAUUGCAGUUAAGGGUUGCCCGGUGUUCAAGUAGGGAAUGAGAAGCUAAUAGAAAGAUGUGGUAGAGGUGUUGAAGAGAUUAGCACAUACGCUUACGGUUAGAGCUUGUUACCCCCCCCCCCCCCCCCCCAAAAAAAAAAAAAAAAAACAGACAAAGAAUGAACCUGACUUGAGAUUCUUGUAUGUUUUCUAUCCUUGGAAGUGAAGGAGAUAGUUUUUUGUUUUUUUUUUUUUUUCUUUUUUGGCUUUUGUUUUUCUCUAAUUGAAGUAGAGAUUGUUCAUCUUUGUUCAUUUUAAAUUGAGACUUGAGAUGAAAAGGCCUGCUGCAAAUGACGCAGUAUGAGGUGCUUGGGACUGGCUAAAGUAGGUGUUGUGGCCAUCUGAUCCCGACUCACCUUUCUUUGCUAAUUCUUUCCACCAUUCAUGUAAAACAGGAGAUCCCGUCAGCUUUGGCAACAGCAGCGUAGCUAUGGUUGACCCAAUCUUCUGUGAUCAUCCAAGAGUAGUUGAGUACUACAUUUUACAAAGGAGAGUGUUACAUAUGGUACUCCAAUUUUGGUCAUACGAAUGGUCCAUCCCUAUGAUCUGGACAGGCCACGUCACCCUUACAUGACUACUAGUAGUUGGAAGAUACCAGUUGGGAAUUGGAAUUUCGAUCUUAUGUUUCA